AUGUCGUCGGGUAUCUCGCACAAGGUCCUGAACCUUGACAACAUCAACCCUCAUGUCCGCGCCGCCAAGUAUGCUGUCCGCGGUGAGCUGGCUGUAAAGUCGGAGGAGUACCGCGCGAAGCUGGCAAAGGGCGAGGGCAAGGACCUGCCUUUCGACACCGUCAUUGCCGCCAACAUUGGCAACCCACAGCAGCUGGACCAGAAGCCCAUCACAUUCUUCAGACAGGUCGCAAGUCUGCUAGAGAACCCAGGACUGCUGGAGCAUGAGAAUGUCCUCAUCGACAGUCUUGGCUACAAGUCGGACGUCAUUGCGAGGGCGAAGAAGCUGUUGAAGGAGGUCAAGAGCGUGGGCGCAUACAGCCAGAGCCAGGGCGCACCAGGGAUCAGACAGAGCGUUGCAGAGUACAUUGAGCGACGAGAUGGCUACCCAGCCAGCUUCGAGAACAUCUACCUCAGCAACGGCGCCUCAUCCGGCGUGAACACACUCCUCCACACCAUCUGCGCGAAGCCCGAGACCGGGAUAAUGGUCCCCAUCCCCCAAUACCCUCUCUACACCGCCACUCUCUCCGUUCUCGACGCCCGCGUCGUCCCAUACUACCUCGAGGAGGACCAGAAAUGGGGCACAUCUAUGGAUGCUAUCCGCACCGCAUACGACAAGGCAAUCGCAGAGGGAACCGACGUGAAGGCGAUAUGUGUCAUCAACCCCGGUAACCCCACGGGCGCAUCGCUGCCCGCAGAGGACAUCAAGGCUGUCCUGAAGUUCGCCGCGGAGAAAGGCGUAGUCGUCCUGGCCGACGAAGUCUACCAAACCAACGUCUUCAUCGGCGAAUUCAUCUCCUUCAAGAAAGCCCUGCGCGAUCUCCAGAAAGCCGAGCCAGGAAAAUACGACAACAUCGAGCUCGCGUCGCUGCACUCCGUUUCCAAGGGUAUGGUCGGCGAGUGCGGCCACCGCGGCGGAUACUUUGAGCUUCUCGGCUUUGACCCUGAGGUCGCCGCGGAGGUGUACAAAUUUAUUUCGAUCCAGCUGUGUCCGCCAGUGCUCGGCCAGUGUAUUGUCGAAAUGAUGGUCAACCCACCGAAGGAGGGCGAGCCGAGUUACGAGCUGUAUAAGCAAGAGUAUGACACCAUCUUCGCUGGCCUCAAGAAGCGCGCAUACGCCCUCUACGAGGCAUUCAAGCGCAUGGAGGGUGUCGAGUGCGAUGAGCCACAAGGCUCCAUGUACCUCUUCCCCACCAUCAAGCUCCCGCAAAAGGCCAUUGAGCAAGCGAAGAAAGAAGGCCGCGAGCCCGAUGAGUUCUACUGCUUCCGCAUGCUCGAUGCCACGGGCGUGUGCGUUGUCGCAGGUUCUGGCUUUGGCCAGAAAGAAGGCACGCUGCAUUUCAGAACCACGUUUUUGGCGCCAGGCACCGAGUGGACGAAUAGGCUGGUCAAAUUCCACGAGGACUUUAUGGCCGAGUUCAAGUAAGCUGCUUAUAGGAUACGUCCUUUGGGAGACGUCGUAUAGGCUUGCUAUGAAAUGAAAUGACGGAAUGAACUUCUUCAAU